AUGGCUGAGCCGAUAUUGAUACACGACGCCGCCCGGUUCCGCAUUAGAUCGUGCCGUAUGCCUGCCGUUGAAAUUGAUUACGCCGAUACGUCGCCUCGCAGAUCACGCGCAACGCAUUUACGCGUUGCGGACGCCCCAUCUAGCGGGGAGAUGGCGCACAACUUCGCGGACUCGCACUUGGGCAUGAGCGCCGCGAUAAACAUGACCGCCGGCCACGACGCGGUUUUGGCGGGAGACAUGCACCAAGAGCAAAACUCCGUGUCG